GUACUGCUAAUCCUAGGCUAAAAAUGAAUGCUAAUGAAAUGCACAAGGAGCUUUUGAAAAGAGUGACAGAUAAUGAAAUUUCCAAAGAUGAUAUGCUAAAAGUUUUUACAAUUACGAAUUAG